AUGAUCUUGACCAAAACCAAGGGCCUGGCCAUGGUGUACUACAUCACGAACUACGCCACCAAACUGGAUACGCCGAUGUGGAAGCGCAUUGCUCUCGCCACCGAGGUUGCCCGCCAACUCCGCGAAGCCGGUGGUGCGAGGUGUCGCGCGCCAGGUCCCACCCUGCCCGACGACAGGCAGCAGGCAGUUUUAAACAAGAGCCGUCAGUUCCUGAUGAGAACGGCAAAUCGGAUCUUCUCCGAGCGACAACUCUCGGCCGUCGAGGUCUGUUACCACCUCCUUGGAUAUGACACCGACUUUACCAACGUGCCGCAUUGCCCCGGAGACCAUCCUCUGAGGCAAGGAGGGCGAACGCUUCUAUGCUUAGAUGCGUACGCCUACCGGGGCCAUGUUCUACGGGACUUAUGCCUGUAUGACUACAUGUCGAUGAUUCAUUUGGAUUCCGACUGUGACGGCUGGAUGCAAAAGCUUCGACGGCCCGACCAGUACGCCGUCCCGAUCUUCCAAGGAUACAUCAGCGACGACCAUGACGACGAUCACCCAGUGUAUAUUAAGCGAAAUUCUGUCCUACAUUUGGCGUUAUUCGUCCCUUGGGAAAACUUCAUUUCUGAGAGCCAAGGCGAUAUAACCGACAUAUGGACGACGCAUCGAGCGCGGCUUUGUCCCCGCCUCCGUUUCUACGUCUCCAACAUUUGUCUUUUGAGAAAGUCUGCCGAGGACGCGCGUAAAGACGCGAAGCUCUGGGCCACUCGAUCGGAGGGUGACGACACAAUUGACGUCGAGUACCCACUUGACGAUGGCCGCUACGAAGAGGAGCCUCCAGCGAUGGCCCAUCGUCAGGCCUACAGAGCUCUACUCAGAUUUUGCGAAAUGCCGUGCAAGAUACAGACGCCACGAAAGACUCCCCCGUCCUUGGAGGUUUAA